GGGCGAUGUGUUUGUGCUCUCUCUCUCUCUCUCUCUCUCUGUUGUUCAUUCACUCAUACACACACUCCAUCCACACAUAUUUGACAGACACACACAGCAUGUAGACACUUUCUAAUUCAUUCACCUCCCUCGCUCACACACUCACAGUUUCGUUUUACAACCUUGAGUCGUAUUUUCACUCCUUUCCUGUCUCGAGAGUCUAGAGAAGCAGCUACGCCACAUCAACUUUAAAACCUCCGUCAGGAGAGAGAAGAGACAGCAAGAACAGAAAAAAAGAGGCUCGAAAUUCACUUAAGUGCUCAGAAGGAUGGAGUAGAGAAGCAUGAAAGUCCAAGAACAUCAGGGCGAAACACACUUUAUGAGAGGAACUGACUGAAGGAGACAAAGCUCAGAAAUUUACUUCACAAAUCAGCCAGAUCUCCAAUUGUACGUGUUGGUUUGUGUGCCGCCCUUGACCCAACGCCAUGUUUUGGACGCUCCUCCUGGCUUUGAUCCUUCUGCUGUUGCUCCAGGCACAGCUGCUUGUCUGUCUACAUGAACUCCGAGCCUCUCUGACCUCAGUGACUUCAGCGACCCCUUCUGGAACAUCCAACGCCUCGGCUUUGCAACGCCUGCCAGGAGCCAUAAUCAUCGGGGUGCGCAAAGGAGGCACCAGGGCCCUGCUGGAGAUGCUCAACCUCCAUCCAGAGGUGGAAGUAGCCAAGAACGAGAUCCACUAUUUCAACCUGGAUGAAAAUUUUCGGAAAGGUCUGGACUGGUAUCGCGCCCAGAUGCCAGACACUCUCCCUGGGCAGCUGACGGUGGAAAAGACCCCUGGCUACUUCACAGCACCACUGGCCCCAAAGAGGAUAUGGGCCACGAAUCCAGCUGUGAAACUGCUGCUGAUCGUUCGUGAUCCUGCAGAGAGACUUGUAUCAGACUACACACAAGUCCUCCAUAAUCGAAUUCAGCAAAACAAGCCAUACCAAGCACUUGAAGAGCUGCUGCUGUCUCAAGGACACAUCAACCCCAAAUACAAGGCCCUUCAGAGGAGCUUUUACUACCAGCACCUUGCCAGAUGGCUGGAGCUUUUUCCCAGAGAGCAGAUGCACAUUGUGGAUGGAGAGGCACUUAUUAGAAAUCCGUUCCCUGAGCUGCAGAAGGCGGAGACGUUUUUGGAGCUUCCGCCUCGGAUAAAGCCAGACAAUUUCUACUUUAACGUAACUAAGGGCUUUUAUUGUAUGCUGUCUGCGGGACACGACAAGUGCCUGGAUGAGUCUAAAGGAAGACCCCAUGCUCCGCUUAGCAACGAGGCUUUCCAGAAGCUUUGCCGUUACCUGAGAGUUCCCAAUACAAUCUUUUUCAGAAUGGUGGGACAGAGGUUUGACUGGUGCUAAAGACAGAGGGAAAAUGAUUGACAGCUCUAAUAGAGACUGAGAGUGGGAUUUAAACUAUUACUGGAAACCCAUUUUGUAAAAAAAGUUCUGAUAUUGUCAAAAGAAUCUGGCACCAACCAGUUUUCAAGAGGGCUAAGCAAAGAGACUAGAGCCAAAAUUGUUCUGAACACUGAUACUCCUACAGUUUGUUGGGAAAUAGAAUAGAUCUGCAGGACGUCAUGUGCUUUAAAAAACUCAUUUAACUCCGAAAGGCUCAGUUCAAGCGGACUACUGAUUUGGAGGAAAUGAGACGGAAAAGAUGGGAAAUGUCCAAGGUCCUGAAAACGGAACGUAAAAAAUCUCUAAGAAUUGCAUAUCAUAAGAAAAAUAAAAACUAAAAUGUUACUUCCCGUGGGACUCGAAGCAUUUAAUAAAAAUACUGCUUUGUCAGAUGUAAUUAUUG